CGACCCAGGAGACACCGCGCCCGCCACACGCACGCAUCGCCUCCUCCACUACCCGAACCGUAACACCCGAUUAGAUUGCAUUCUGUGAUUUCUCUGUUCUCCGCAAUGGCGCUCGCCACCAACGCCGCCGCCGCCGCCGCCGCGGCAGCAGCCAUCUCCGGCGCGGCCGCGUCGCAGCCCAGCCGCGCUCCGUCGUUCCUCCCGAUGAGGCGCCGCUGCGCCGUCCGCGCCGUGCACGCCGCGGAGCCGUCGAAGAGCCACGGCGUCCCGGCGGCGGCGAAGACCUCGGCGCCGACGGUCGCGCCCGAGAAGGAGGCGGCCCCUGUCGCGGCCCCGGCCCCGGCCCCGGCCCCGAAGGCGCCUGCGAAGUGGGCGGUGGACAGCUGGAGGUCGAAGAAGGCCCUGCAGCUGCCGGAGUACCCGAACGCGGCGGAGCUGGAGGCCGUGCUCAAGACGAUCGAGGCCUUCCCGCCGAUCGUGUUCGCCGGGGAGGCGCGCCACCUCGAGGAGCGCCUCGCCGACGCCGCCAUGGGCCGCGCCUUCCUCCUCCAGGGCGGCGACUGCGCCGAGAGCUUCAAGGAGUUCAACAGCAACAACAUCCGCGACACCUUCCGCGUCCUCCUCCAGAUGUCCGCCGUCCUCAUGUUCGGCGCCCAAAUGCCCGUCGUCAAGGUUGGUAGGAUGGCCGGGCAAUUCGCCAAGCCGAGGUCGGACCCGUUUGAGGUCAGGGACGGGGUGAAGCUGCCCAGCUACCGGGGCGACAACAUCAACGGCGAGGCGUUCGACGAGAAGAGCCGCGUCCCCGACCCGCAGAGGAUGAUCAGGGCGUACGCCCAAUCCGCCGCCACGCUCAACCUGAUCCGUGCGUUCGCCACCGGAGGGUACGCCGCCAUGCAGCGCGUCACGCAGUGGAACCUCGAUUUCACCGAACACAGCGAGCAGGGCGACAGGUACCGUGAAUUGGCACAUCGGGUUGAUGAAGCCCUUGGCUUCAUGUCUGCAGCUGGGCUAACAGCGGACCACACGUUGAUGAAGACUACUGAAUUCUGGACCUCACAUGAAUGCCUCCUCCUACCCUACGAACAAGCUCUAACCCGUCAGGAUUCCACCUCUGGUCUUUUCUAUGAUUGCUCUGCCCACAUGCUCUGGGUUGGCGAGCGCACUCGCCAGCUUGAUGGUGCUCAUGUUGAGUUCCUAAGGGGCAUUGCCAACCCCCUUGGCAUCAAGGUGAGUGACAAAAUGAACCCCAGCGAUUUGGUGAAGCUGAUUGAGAUAUUGAAUCCAUCAAACAAGCCUGGGAGAAUUACCAUCAUUACAAGGAUGGGGGCGGAGAACAUGAGGGUCAAGUUACCUCAUCUUAUUCGUGCUGUCCGCCAAGCAGGACUAAUUGUCACAUGGAUCACUGAUCCCAUGCACGGUAACACCAUCAAGGCUCCUUGCGGUCUAAAGACUCGCCCCUUCGACUCCAUUUUGGCUGAGGUACGGGCCUUUUUUGAUGUGCACGAGCAAGAGGGAAGCCACCCAGGAGGCGUCCACCUUGAGAUGACUGGGCAAAACGUAACUGAAUGCAUCGGUGGAUCACGCACCGUGACUUUUGAUGACCUGAGCGACCGCUACCACACUCACUGCGACCCAAGGUUGAACGCGUCCCAGUCGCUGGAGCUCUCAUUUAUCAUUGCCGAGAGGCUGAGGAAGAGGAGGAUCCGGUCAUCGUCUGGUCUCAACAACAUCUUGCCCUUGCCGCCUUUUGGUUUCUGAAUGGGUAGACAGGGCCAGCAAGAGAGAUGUGUGUAUUCCAUUUGUUGGUAGUUGCUCUUGGUAAAACUAUAUGCCUAUGAGCUGUCCGCACUCCAGGAUGGAUCUGUUCGAUUUUUUUUAUCUUUUGUGUGGGUAAAUACUAUGUAAUGCAUAUGACUGCACUUGUCGACACUAAGUUUUCUAUUUAUACCAUAUAUGAGAGAAUAAUAAUGAAAUAUAGAUGAGUUGGCGUUGUGAAUAA